GCUCCGGGGCCGCGGCUCUCCGAAGAGCAGACACUUGCCCCCGGGGGUCCGCGGUGUCGCAGGCGCCCAGCAGCCCUGGCCAUGAGGACCCUGUGGAUGGUGCUGUGCGCGUUGGCGCGGCUGUGGCCUGGGGCCCUGGGCGGCUGCGCCGAGGCCGGGCGUUGCUGCCCCGGCCGGGACCCUGCCUGCUUCGUCCGUGGCUGGAGGCUGGACAGGGUCUAUGGGACCUGCUUCUGCGACCAAGCCUGCCGCCUCACCGGCGACUGCUGCUUCGACUACGCCAGGGCGUGCCCAGCUCGUCCGUGCUCCGUGGGGGAGUGGAGCCCCUGGAGUGCCUGUGCAGACCAGUGCAAGCCAACGACCCGCGUGCGCACGCGCUCUGUGCAGCAGGAGCCUCAGAACGGCGGUGCUCCCUGCCCGCCCCUGGAAGAGAGAGCCGGCUGCCUGGAAUACUCCACGCCACAGGGCCAGGACUGCGGGCACACUUUCGUCCCUGCCUUUAUAACUACCUCUGCGUUCAACAAGGAGAGGACAAGACCAGCUGCAUCUCCACAGUGGGCGACACGCACAGAGGAUGCUGGAUACUGCAUGGAGUUCAAGACCGAGUCUUUGACGCCUCACUGUGCUCUGGAAAACCGGCCCCUGACUCGAUGGAUGCAGUACCUCCGUGAGGGAUACACGGUGUGUGUGGACUGCCAGCCUCCAGCCAUGAACUCCGUGAGCCUGCGUUGUUCCGGGGAUGGCCUGGACUCUGAUGGAAAUCAAACCCUCCACUGGCAAGCAAUUGGCAAUCCUCGAUGUCAAGGAACUUGGAAAAAAGUUCGGCGAGUAGACCAGUGUUCUUGUCCAGCUGUCCACAGUUUUAUUUUUAUAUAGAUUGUGAUGUAAAUACUUCAAAAUGUGUUUGGAAAUAUGCUAACUACUGUCAAGUCAUGUUCAGUGCUUGAUAAAUCUUCAAAAACAGUUUGGCUAAAUUCCCUGGAGUCAUGACAUUGCCAUACUCUGCGGUAGAGAAAGAAAAUUUAGGGACCAGUUUUCAAGGAACACAAUGCCUUCGCUGUUAUUUUCAUUAAGUUGAUGACCCACCCUAAAAGCUCCUGUGGUUAUCUGUCCUUGACCUUCCACCCAGUGAGGAAUACAU